AUGAUAUUUUUAAAUUGUAAAAAAUAUGGAGGGGGUGUUGGAAGGAGAUUAUGUAUGCCCAAUUAUAGUGGUAGUAGUGACAGUAUUUAUAAGUAUAAAAAGUUUGUUUUAAAAAAAAUAAAUCAUAAGUAUGAAAAUGUAUUAUUAUUUGGUGAUGUGAAUAAAUUAAGAAGUACAGCCAUAGAACUAAUUCGUGGUAUGAAAAAUGAAGAUAAAAUUAAUAGAGACCAAAAGAAUUAUUCAUGUAAAAAAUAUGAAGGAAUAGAAAGGAAGAGGAAAUAUCAAGUAGAAGAAAAAAAUAUCUUGGAUGAAGAAAAUGAAGAUGAUAUGAUGAAUAAUAAUGAUGAAAAUGUUAAUAAUAUUCAUAAUGACAAUAAUAUUUAUAAUGAUAAUAAUAUUCAUAAUGACAAUAAUAUUUAUAAUGAUAAUAAUAUUAAUAAUGACAAUAAUAUUUAUAAUGAUAAUAAUAUUUAUAAUGAUAAUAAUAUUAAUAAUAAUGUAAAUAUUUAUGGGAAGGAUAUUCUUACUACAUGUGAGAAGGCAACUUCACCAUUAACAAAAAAGUUAUCCUUCUGGCAAAUAUAUAGUAUUAGGGUUAAAAAAAACCUGCAUUUAUUAGAUGCCUCUGAUUUUGCUUUGAUUCUCCAAUCCUUCCAUUUGUAUAACAAGGAUACAGGUGUAUAUGUUGCAAGCGUGAAAUGCAUAGAAAAUAAAAUUCCUCAAAUGAAGGGGACCUCUUUUGUUGUUCUGCUGAAUAUAUUAAGCAAGAGGUUAAAAAAAAAUAACUAUAACGAAUUUUUUGAAAAGAUGAUGAACUUCAUACCUAAUAUUUUAUACGAGUUAAAUAUAAAAGACAUGAAUAAUAUUUUAAAGAGUUUUUAUAAUUUAGAUAUAAUGAAUAGUAAAGUGUGUGAAAUUAUGUAUCCUAAAAUAUUAUAUAAUAUGGAUAAUAUAAAUGAUGCUCAUUUAUUAUCUUCCCUGUGUUAUAUAUUUUAUAAAUAUAAUUUUGAACAUUUACAUUUUUUUGAAUGUUUAAAAAAGAAAAGUUUAAAGCUUAUGAAUACUUUUGAUGCACAAGAUUUUUAUAAAUUUAUAUUUGCCUUAUACAAAAAAAAUAUUUGUGUAAAACAAAUUAUAGAGGAAAAAAAAAAUGAUAUAUCCGCGUUUAAGAGUUUUUAUAACGAGGAACAGAAGAGGUUUUUUUCUGAAAUAUGUAAUAUGAAUUGA